UACAUUAAUUAAAGUUACAUUCUGCGUAAAAUGUUUAUCUCAUAUUGCUUUUUAGGAGUAGAGUUACAUGAAUAACUGGGGAUUUAUUUUGGAAGGCAGGACGUAUAUUUGUAGAAAAACUAUAUUUUGGUGUCAUUGGGUAUUUUGGAAACAAGCUGUACACUAAUAGGAUGAGACUGGUGAUAUUGUAUAUUUUACUUGUUGUCAACAGAUUCCAUAAAAAGACCAAAACCACCAAUGAAUUGAUCCUGCCAACAAGUAUUGUCUGUGCAGCCAAAGCCUGAUAGAGCUUCUUCCUUUGUGCCAUAGAGUUGCACUGUGAUCCAAAAAUUAUUAAAAACACAUCAAUGACCCACACUGUUGCACCGAAUGACAUUUAUCCUGAUAAACACGGGCACCGCAGUUACUGACUUGAUCUUACAUACACCAUGUUGCUUCUGUAAGUACUCACUAGAACACCAAAUGUGUAUUAAUCCGUGGCUGAAAGUAGUCCCCAAGAAACGUGCUGUAUCCUCUUAUUUGAGUAGAGUGUAGUGAAAACUACAGUGACCAGCUGUUUUGGGAGAUGACUAAUUGUUUUCCAGAAAUUGAAACUAUGCAUUUGUGACCUGUCUUAAUGAUUUAUCUUCAGUAGAAACAAAUAGACAAUAGAAAGAUUUUAUUGCCCUGAGUUAAGCCUGUCAGGCACCACUUAAAGAGGCACUUUACCAUAUUGCUGUUGCAUAUUCAUAAAGUUGGGGAGCUGACAAAAAUCAGAAUAGAUCAUAAAUAGAAUAGUUAACAUGUGGAGCCUGAGAUACCUUGAUUUAGAGUUGGGGUUACACCCCAAAACACUAGGUCCUACAUUUUCCAUAAAACAAGUCAGUAGUUAGUUUUGUUUGACGCUCCCUGCUUGGUAAACACCCACGUCUUUUAAACGCGACACUGGUUGUAAGUGUGUGUCCUUUUAACUCUAAUGUAUAUACUGAUCAUUAUAGUGUAUGCUGUUUUUUGCAGUCUGUGUAAGUGAAAUCAUACUUUACUGUUUUAUACUAAGAGGAAAUUUUUAUAAUAUAGGCUACAUGUACACAUGGAUGUCAAACUGUGACUUUAGACUAAACCACUGCCAUUUACACUUCAAUACACGCAAAAUAGAUUUCCAAAAAUAUAUAUUUUUGUCUUUCUACAGCCGCUUCAACAUGCAAUAAUUUUAAUUUCAACCACUCAAAAAAUCAGCAAACUCAAAGAUCCCCCAAAAAAGCUAAUUUUAGCAUUGUGUAUUUAUACAGUGAAUUUGUUUUUUGCAGUAUUGCGUCUGUCAUUUUGCCACUUUUCCAGUGUGAACACACUACAUACUGAAAACCUGCUUGUAAUUAGUGUGUAGUAGGGAACUGGGGCACAGCUUAAGGUUUUGUUCUGCUCAGUCAAUCUAUUACAAUCAAUUCAGUUUAUGUUUGCAAAGGAAGAAAUGUUUGUGCUACACCUGAGAGGCAGAACCCAGGGCAGGAAAUCCACUCAUUGGUUAAGAGAUAACAGAUAAAACACGCCCUCUACUGGUGAGAAAUCUGGGACUGUUGUUAAAUUUAGUAACCGUAAUUGUCUUAAACGUGUGUGAGCCGAGGGUCUUUCCCGUCUGUCCGCUCAGUGUUUACGAGCUGUAUUCCACAAUGUUAAAGCAGAACAGGAGGCGUACUCUGUCUCCAUUCAGAAGAUGAUUCGAAGCAAUGGUUACACGGGGGCGUCAUUGUCUCUCCAUGAAUGGGCUCCUGCCUUCAGAACAAUAUAAUUAACUGUUGUCUCAUGGAGGAAGUGUGGUUAGUUGUUUUCUUCACAAAGCUGCAACCAUGAAGUCAAAAAUGUUCAGAUUUAUGUGGAACAUGUUUCACAAAAAUAAAUCAUAAAUGAGUAACAGCAGUUCUGAUACAUCUGUUUCCUGUCUGGAAAAUAAUUCACUUCCAAAGUAUUGCAGAUUAAUUGAAGUUUUUUCCACCACAAUGACAUAAGACAUCACCUUUAAUUGAUGGUGGGCAGUUAAUCUGUUUAACAGAGCUGAUCCUUCAUUUAUUUGCUUCCUUUGACGUAAACAACAUUACUCGGAAGUUAUUCUUACAACACUUGGAGACAAAUGGCUUUAAAUGAUGGUGUAAGGAGGCGUGAUCGUGAUGUUAGUGUCUGAAAUAUGUAUUGGUUUUUGUUGUCCACACAUUCCUUGUAAAGGUUUAUUAUGUGGUUUUGAGGGCAGGUCCUGAACAGACACUUGAUGGUAUAAAAACUGAAACCCUAAACCAGGACACCAGCUUCAGCUCUGAUACAGGGACCCCAAGAAGAACUAAUACACAGAGGAUGGACGUAUAUGGAGGAACUGCAGUAAUUUUGAUUAUCAGUUGAAAAAAUCAAAUUUCUGUGUUGGAAUCCAGUCGGGAAAAGUUUGUAUUUCUCAGAUACUGGAAAAUGGGAUAUAGACUGGAGUUGAUGGUGCUUCUUGUUUUGAUGACAACAGCUUCAUCUGUUGCCCUGAGCAGAGAGGAACUGACAGAAGCUCAGGCGUAUUUAAGGACGUAUGGUUAUCUACACAUCCCACUGGACGGUAAAGGCCAAAACCAUCCACCUGAGGAAAUAGCUGAAGCAACAAGAAUCUUUCAGAAAGUGACAAACCUGCAAAUAUCAGGGAAACUAGAUUCAGCCACACUGGCAAUGAUGAACAAACCUCGGUGUGGCCUACAGGACUCUUUCAACAACAAGUCUCUCAAAUAUCGAGUCAUGGGUUACUGGCGUAAGAAGAUGCUGACCUACCGCAUCUAUAAUUACACUCCUGAUUUGGGUCAGGGAAAGACCCGCUUGGCCAUCCAGAAUGCAUUUAAGUACUGGAGUGCUGUGUCGCCUUUAAAGUUUAGGGAGCUGCAACACGGAAGAGCAGACAUCAAAAUCUCCUUUCACAGAAAAGAUAAGACAUGUCCAGUUCCCUUUGAUGGGCGAGGCCGUGUUCUAGCCCACGCCGACGCCCCCGAAUCAGGCAUUGUGCACUUUGACGAAGACGAGCUGUGGACAGAAGGGAAGAGCCAGGGCUCCAACCUGAGGAUUGUUGCAGCUCAUGAGAUUGGCCAUGCUCUUGGCCUGGGCCACUCUCAAUACUACAGUGCACUCAUGGGACCUGUAUACAACGGAUACCGCUCAGACUUUAAGCUGCAUCCAGAUGACAUACGAGGGAUCCAGGCAUUAUAUGGAAAGCCAAAGAAUAGUCUUCCAUCCAGAAAUCCAGGUCAGUCAGUGCCAGGAGGAGUUAUUGCAGAUCCUUGUAAAGCCGCACUGGAUGCAGUUAUGUUGGGUCCUUUGCAUAAGACAUAUGUUUUCAGUGGUCAGUAUGUGUGGACAGUGUCCAGCUCUGGCUACAACUCUCCCAUUAAGAUCUCUGUGCUGUGGAAGGAGCUGCCAGGGAGCCUCAAUGCAGCUGUUCACUCUCAGCGGACUGGCAAGUCUUACUUUCUGAAAGAUGACAAAGUAUGGAGAUACACAGACUUCAAACUUGACCACGGCUUCCCCAAACGCUUGACCAAUAUCCCUGCAAAUAUUGACUCAGCCUUGUACUUCAAUAAGAACAAAAAAUUGCUAUUUUUCAAAGGAUCUGGAUACUGGCAGUGGGAUGAGAUUGGUCCAACAGACUUCACUUCAUAUCCCAAACCUACUGGGCAACUCUUCUACGGGGCACCCAGCAAUUCUGACGCUGCAUUAACGUGGACAAACGGUCAUAUAUACAUGUUCAAAGGCUCUGAGUACUGGCAUGUAAACCAGAACCACCAAGUGAUGGAGAAGGCCUAUCCUCUGGACAUCGCCUCACACUGGAUGCAGUGUGACGACUGAACCACCAGAGGCCACCAGGGAUUCAACACAAACCUUAUCCUGCUGAGUCAGCGUGAAACCAGGGAGACAUGCUCAUUUACUUGGAGCCUGGCAAAUGCUUUCAAAGUGUUCAGCAUGCUGUGUGAGGAAUGAGAGCUUUAGGCUAUUAUUAGUUUUGGUAAAUGGGCAUGAAUUCAACAAAAUAAUAAAUAUUUGCGAUGUGAUGUUUCUUUUUUGUGGCAAUAGGGUAUUAUUAUUCAAAAAGCUGAUAUUAGCAGACAUGAAAUGGGAAAAGACACUUAGACCUUGUGGUGUGUGAUUCAAUAAGAUUGGAUUUUGUUAUCUACUGAUCCACUACACUGCCCUGCGGACACAGAGCAACAACCACUGAAGCAAUGAUGUUGAGAAAAAAGGGUUUUAAGUUUUCAGGCUGGAUGACAAAAACUGCAAAACAGAUAGAGAGAUUGUAAUCUGUGUGUCUAGGCUGAUUAUUUUACCCAACAGAAAUCACUACCAUUGAACCCACACAGUUACUAAAAAAAUGCAAAUACAGAACUGUGCCUUUGGAUAAUCUUGACAGACUGCUCAGAUAAACAGAAUUAACAGAUUAUUAUUUCUGAUUUCUAUUUCUGAUUAUUAUUUACAGUCCACAGCUAGGAAUCAAGUGUUUGUGUUUGGCUCUUUUUGAGUAAUCUUAUUACUUCUAUUGAAAUCAAUAUAAUACAUUUACAAUUUAAUAGAUUUAAGUAUGUGAUUUAAAAGGUAACUUAACCACACCAACAGGAGUAGCAUGGAAACAGAGGUAAGAACCUCACUGCAGUAACUGCAAUCUGCCUAGUUACGGCUAACUGGUGAGAUAGCCUCCCAUUCUGGUGGAAUUCAUGUUAUUUUAUAUUUGCUAGCUUUAAAUCACAUGUUCGAAAUGUAUUUAAUUAAACAUGAAUUUAGUGAACUAGCCCAUAAGCUUGAAUAUACAAGAGACACAGUGUUUUCUCCUCUGAUUGUCCGAACAGAGCGUAGCAUUAGAAUCUUAACAGGCUUUUGUGGGUUUGAUGUAAGGUCAGUGAUAGUUAUUAAUAAUUAAUAAUAAUCAAGCAAUAAAAUUGAGGAUCAACAACUUAUAGGCUUCUGUCUAUUACACUGUUCUGUCAAGAGCCUGUUUACUGUUUACUGCUCUCCAACUGGAGUCACAGUGCAGUAACUGCAACCUGGGUACAAUGCAGUAUAAACUGUGUUGUACCUUCACUUUUAUGGCCGUUUUUUAGUUAAAAUUGAAAAGA